GCAAAUAGUCAAAGCAAUGACCAGCAGGAUGUGGGGAAUACGCAACCUCCGCAGAAAGGCCUUUGUGGUGGUGCUGGUGGUGGUGGGCCUUAUCCUGCUGGACCAGAUCUACCUGCACGUGUGGCUCUCCUCCCCUUCCACCCAGUUCCAGCGGUCACUCCACCUGGACGACGUGAGGCAGCUGCUGAGGGCGGGUCAGGAUGCCUCUGUCACCACCAUCCUCUUCGACCCGGUGAUCCUGGACGCGUGGAAUCGUAACUCCCACGUGGAGGUGCCUGGUGUGUGUAUCUUCCUCUGCCAUGUGGUGGGGCCCCUGACGUUUGCUGUCACGGCUGCACAGCUCAGGGACAAGCCUAUGUUCCUGUCACGCCUCGCUCAGCUCGGCUUCACUGUCACCAUCUUUGAAAACUCCGAGGGGCAGCGUUCUCAUGUCUUCCUGAUGCGGCAAGGCUCUCCACUCCACCUUGUUGUGCUCCACAUGAAGCCUGCAGACAAUAUGAUGUCCGAUGAUUACCUGCGGCAGUACGCCCUGGAGGGACCACCGCAUAACGUGGCGCAGGUCAAGCAGUACAUCACCAAGGACUCCUGGAACCAUAUGAAGCUUGACCGAGCCUAUGAACGGUUCAGCACAAAGGAUAAGAAGAUUGAUGGGGUGGACCUGACAGUGCCAAGCCACGUUGAUUCUUUCCUCACAGAUCACCGGAACUCCCACUUCCUGCCAUGCAAUGAGUCGCGGGCCGGCUACUAUAACCUCAAAUACCUCAAGAAUGAGUCCCCAGAGGAUACAAGGUUCAAGCACAAGGCAUGGAAGCUGAUAGGGAAGGCCAAAGUUCUCUUGGACCAGCUCAACAUACCAUUUUGGCUCAGCAGUGGAACAUGUCUUGGGUUCUACCGGCAGUGUGACAUCAUCGCAUGGAGCAAGGACGUCGACCUUGGCAUCUUCAUUGAGGACUACAAGCCAGCCAUCAUCACAGAGUUUGAGAAGCGAGGACUCAGACUCAUAGCAAAGUUUGGCAAGGAGUCAGACAGCCUUGAACUUUCCUUCAAGGAGGAUGAGGUGAAGCUAGACUUAUUUUUCUUCUACACUGAAGGAGCAACAAUGUGGAAUGGAGGGACCCAAGCUAGGACUGGGAAAAAAUAUAAGUAUGUGUUCCCGGCCUUCACACUGUGCUGGACGGAAUUUCUGGAGCUAAAGGUGCGAGUGCCUUGCCAGACGGAGGAGUACAUUCGUGCCAACUAUGGGCCAAGUUGGUUCACUCCUGUCACUAACUGGGACUGGAAGACCUCCCCGCCCAAUGUCAGGGAAAACGGAGUCUGGCCUGAGGCUGAACGCUCUGAGGUCAUUGUGCUAAAAGAUGUGUAAGUGUGUGGGUCAGGUGUGCUGUGACACUAAUUGAGGUGGUAACACUGAUGCAUCUUUAAGUACAGGGAGGCAGCUUUUUAAAUACUCAGAGGUAGGGAAUUCCAACUUUUUUAUGCAAGAGAACCACUGGCCAAGGAUAAUAAAAGAGCUAAAAAAAGGAAGAAAGAAAGGCCAAAGGUCAACAGCAUCAUUAAAAAUUGCAGGCUAAGUGUCUUGAACUGUCCCUUGUGAAAGAGCUCAAGUCAUAGGAAGGAAGAAAUACAGAAGCAGGCAGGGAGUUCCAGAGUUUACCAGAAUAUCCUGGUAUACCAGAAUGGUAAAUACCAGAAAGAAUCCUGGUUAACUCUUGCAUUAGAGAGGUGGAGUGUGUGGAUCAGGUGUGCCAUGAGACUCUUUGAGGAGGUGACACUAAUGCACCUCUGAGAACAGUGAGGCAGCUUCUCAGACACUCGGCAGCAUGUCACUUCAACUCAGUGUAUGAUCUGCAGAAGUUGCUUGCACUCAUACUAAAUUCUUCACUCUACCCUUUAUUUCCUACAAUUAGAAUAGUUGUGUGUAGAUUCUCAAAACACUCCCAACUUGCAUUGAAUUGUUGGAGUUUUUAACUCUAAUGUGCUGUUGAUCACUUCUUAUUCCCCCACUCCACUUUUUUUUUUUUUUUUUUUUUACUAUAAAAAUCAAGCUUAGUGCAAUGCUCAGCUAUGCUGACUUAGUCAACUUGAAGCUAGGAAUAGUUCAUUAUAAUACCUGUUACACCAGUACUGUAUGUUAUCAUUGUAUAUACUUUGGCACAAGAGUGUAAUCAUUUGUAAGGUUGCAAGAUAUUACACAAAGGCUGUUAGUAAGUAAUGAAGUGUUCAACUUUGGGGGCAAAAGAGGCACAUGAAUGAAAUUGUUGUGUUGUUACUUGACUGAUGUGGUGAUGUGAGUGAGGCAGUGGCUGCAGCCACUGCCUCACUGAGUGUUGGCAGGUCACACAGGGUGAGUCUGGCAGCCACUGUGGUGCAUUACAAAAUACCUGUAAUUUGCAUUAUUCUUAAGCUUUACAAUUGCUAGUCUGGUUAAUUUUGUUACUGUGAUAAACUGAUGGCUUGUGGAGAAUAAGAAAAACUCAAGAACUUUUUGUAUUCUUAUGUACAGUAAAUGUUAACUUCACAUCUUUACCUAAAACAAGCCCGACUCAUGCAACUACUCAGCUGUCUUUACGUUGGCUGCUGUCACGAGAACAGUCCACGUCUUACUACAUUUCUGAGUUGUGACUUUUUGGCCUCACUAUUAAGAACACACCUCCAUGACUCAGGAGUGUGUCUGAAUCUCAAAGUGCAUGUUGUACACUAAUAGUAUUUCCAUGACUUUUUAUUUUUUCAUAUUUGGUAUUUUUGGUGUGCUUCCCUAUUUUCUACUUACUUCAUAUGACAAGAUCCUCAAAAUGGUUGAGUCAACAUGGAUGGUAUCUAGAACAAUGUUCUCAGACUUCACAGAGAAUUUGAUUAGUAGUAAUUCCUAAGCCUUAGAGUGGGUGGUAUUUCUUGUUAUUAACUUAGGGUUUCAUUCUGUAAAAGUCAAGACUCACAAUCUGGAUUAAUGUGUGAAAUUAUAUUAAUGAUAGGCAAUACUUCAUAUCAAAACAUUCCUCCAAAACUAACUAUAUCUCUGCCCGACCAAAUAUUCACAGUACAUAUUACUUAAGUGUUGCCUGCUUUUCACCAUUAAUCUAGUGAGUACAUCAUUUGAGCAACAUGGAGAUAAGAAUUUCACAUUAAUUUUGUCACCCACACAUCUAACACUUUUCUGCAGUAGCCCGAGUGAGAGUAAUAUCAGUCCAUGAGGCGAAACUUUAGGAUUUUUGCCUUAGUGUUUUACUGGCAUAGGAACAGUACAGUGGUAAUGCACUGGGGGUAGAAGUCCUCUGGGAAAGGUUAGGCUUAACUGGGCCUGGUGUGGCUGUCUGGUUACUAGCUAAUGCUAAUAACAGUAUGAUACUUGUUAAUUAGAGUAACCAUAGAAUAUUUAACUGAACAAAAAUAUAACAUGCACUAGAAGAUUUAAAAUUCUAGGAUCACUUUUGCUGUCACUGGUGUCUUGAAAUUGAAGCCGUAACUUGCACCAGACCAAGCCAUUGCUGUGUGAGGGUCAGGAUUCAAAGAAAGCAUUGAGAGGCUUAGGGAAGAAGCUGCUGGGGAAGUGAAGCUAUUCUGGGACUUCACCUUGAAAAUGUCAGUAGAAAGUGAAGCUGCAUCUCAACUUUUACAUACAAAACUUUAUAAGGCAUUCAACCACAGAUUUGUUCAAGUUCUUAAAGUCAGUGAGUCAUAAUUAUAGGAUCUCAUGAACAGUCUGAAGGAACACAAAGGAGAGGAAAGAUCAAUAGCUACCUUCAGGUACAUUUUUAGCAUUUUACUGAAGAUAAAGAAAAAUACAAAAAAGUAAAUAAUCUUGCAAACUGUUUCAAGGUGCACAUUGGAGGAGAAGGAUCACUAGCUACAUUCAGGUACAUUUUUUAACAUUUUACUGAAAACAAAAACCUAAAAAAAAAAAUUAAAACAAUAAAAAAUAAAUAAAUAAAUAAAUCAUCUUGCAAACUGCCACUGGUGUGGGAGUGUAGGUCAGCUUGUGCAGGUCUAGUCUUUGCAGCCACUGAAUGCUUCACUGGUGCAGCAUUGCAGUGGAGUGUACCAAGUGCUUAUGAGUCAUGUGUACAUACUUGGAUAGCUUACAUCUUUUUUUUUUUUCCAAUAAAGUACAAAAUACAA